AUUCUAACGGAGCUGGAACAUAGCGGUGUUGGCAGGAUUAAAGAGCAAAGUGCCAGGAUGUUGGGUCACCUGGUUUCUAAUGCUCCACGCCUCAUUCGUCCGUAUAUGGAGCCUAUCCUUAAGGCACUGAUUGUGAAACUGAAAGAUCCUGAUCCAGAUCCAAAUCCAGGGGUGAUUAACAAUGUCCUAGCUACCAUAGGGGAGCUUGCACAGGUCAGUGGGCUGGAAAUGAGGAAGUGGGUGGAUGAGCUCUUUAUUAUCAUUAUGGACAUGCUACAGGAUUCCUCCUUGCUGGCUAAAAGACAAGUGGCUCUUUGGACACUGGGACAGCUUGUGGCCAGCACUGGUUAUGUGGUGGAACCAUACAGGAAGUACCCAACUUUGCUGGAGGUGCUUCUGAACUUCUUGAAGACUGAGCAGAACCAGGGCACCCGUAGAGAGGCUAUUCGUGUGUUAGGCUUGCUGGGUGCUUUGGACCCUUACAAACACAAAGUGAAUAUUGGCAUGAUUGAUCAGUCACGGGAUGCUUCAGCCGUCAGCCUCUCAGAGUCCAAAUCUAGCCAGGAUUCUUCGGACUACAGUACCAGUGAGAUGUUGGUGAACAUGGGGAACCUCCCUCUGGAUGAGUUCUAUCCAGCUGUCUCUAUGGUGGCACUGAUGAGAAUUUUCCGAGACCAAUCCUUGUCCCAGCACCACACUAUGGUAGUUCAGGCCAUCACCUUUAUUUUCAAAUCUCUUGGGCUGAAGUGCGUGCAGUUCCUGCCUCAGGUCAUGCCAACGUUCCUUAACGUAAUACGGGUUUGUGAUGGUGCCAUCCGGGAGUUCCUGUUCCAGCAGCUAGGGAUGUUGGUGUCCUUUGUGAGAAGUCAUAUUCGGCCCUAUAUGGAUGAAAUUGUCACCCUGAUGAGAGACUUCUGGGUCAUGAAUAACUCCAUACAGAGCACAAUUAUCCUACUUAUUGAGCAAAUUGUGGUGGCUCUAGGAGGCGAAUUCAAACUUUAUCUGCCUCAGCUCAUUCCUCACAUGUUACGGGUCUUCAUGCAUGACAAUAGUCAGAGUCGAAUUGUCUCUGUCAAGCUAUUGAAUGCGAUCCAGCUCUUUGGAGCUAACCUGGAUGACUACCUUCAUUUGUUACUACCUCCCAUUGUAAAGCUAUUUGAUGCCCCAGAUGUCCCAGUGGUGGCUCGCAAAGCUGCUCUAGAAACAGUGGACCGCUUGACAGAGUCCCUGGAUUUCACUGAUUAUGCUUCACGAAUUAUUCAUCCCAUCGUGCGAACACUAGAUCAGAGCCCUGAGCUACGAACAACUGCAAUGGACACCCUCUCCUCUCUGGUGUUCCAGCUGGGAAAGAAGUACCAGAUUUUUAUCCCGAUGGUGAACAAAGUUCUGGUGCGACACAGAAUUAACCAUCAACGCUAUGAUGUUCUUAUCUGCAGAAUUGUAAAGGGCUAUACUCUUGCUGAUGAAGAAGAAGAUCCCCUGAUUUAUCAGCACCGAAUGUUGAGAAGCAAUCAGGGAGAAACCUUAGCCAGUGGUCCUGUGGAAACAGGUCCCAUGAAGAAAUUGCACGUUAGCACCAUCAACCUGCAAAAGGCCUGGGGAGCAGCAAGAAGAGUUUCCAAAGAUGACUGGUUAGAAUGGUUAAGACGACUGAGUUUGGAGCUGCUGAAAGAUUCCUCCUCACCGUCCUUGCGCUCAUGCUGGGCCUUGGCUCAGGCAUAUAAUCCCAUGGCUCGAGAUCUCUUCAAUGCUGCUUUUGUUUCAUGCUGGUCUGAACUGAACGAAGACCAGCAGGAUGAGCUGAUCCGAAGCAUUGAAUUGGCCCUGACGUCUCAGGACAUUGCAGAAGUCACUCAGACACUGCUGAACUUGGCAGAAUUCAUGGAGCACAGUGACAAGGGUCCACUGCCUUUGAGAGAUGAUAAUGGCAUUGUCCUCCUGGGGGAAAGAGCUGCAAAAUGUCGAGCGUAUGCCAAGGCCCUUCACUACAAGGAGCUGGAAUUUCAAAAGGGUCCCACCCCAGCCAUUCUGGAGUCUCUCAUCAGCAUCAACAAUAAACUUCAACAGCCAGAAGCAGCUGCUGGGGUACUGGAGUACGCCAUGAAGCACUUUGGGGAGCUGGAAAUUCAAGCUACCUGGUAUGAAAAGCUUCAUGAAUGGGAAGAUGCUCUGGUGGCCUAUGACAAGAAAAUGGACACAAACAAAGAUGAUCCUGAGCUGAUGCUAGGACGGAUGCGUUGCUUAGAAGCACUUGGUGAAUGGGGGCAGCUUCACCAGCAAUGCUGUGAAAAGUGGACACAGGUCAAUGAUGAAACUCAAGCUAAGAUGGCUAGGAUGGCUGCUGCUGCUGCCUGGGGUCUAGGUCAGUGGGAUAGCAUGGAGGAAUACACCUGCAUGAUCCCAAGGGACACCCACGAUGGUGCAUUCUACAGGGCUGUACUGGCUCUCCACCAGGACCUUUUCUCGUUGGCUCAGCAGUGCAUUGACAAAGCCAGAGAUCUGCUAGAUGCUGAGCUGACUGCCAUGGCAGGAGAGAGCUACAGUCGAGCCUAUGGGGCCAUGGUAUCCUGUCAGAUGCUGUCAGAGCUGGAAGAGGUUAUCCAGUAUAAACUUGUACCAGAACGCCGUGAGAUCAUCCGCCAGAUCUGGUGGGAAAGACUGCAGGGCUGUCAACGAAUUGUGGAAGACUGGCAAAGAAUACUGAUGGUCCGAUCUCUUGUUGUGAAUCCUCAUGAGGACAUGAGAACUUGGCUCAAGUAUGCCAGCUUGUGUGGCAAGAGUGGGAGACUGGCUUUGGCCCAUAAGACACUUGUCCUGCUCUUGGGAGUAGAUCCAUCUCGACAGCUGGAUCACCCACUGCCAACAGUACAUCCUCAAGUGACCUAUGCCUACAUGAAGCACAUGUGGAAGAGUGCCCGCAAGAUUGAUGCAUUCCAGCACAUGCAGCACUUCGUGCAGACCAUGCAGCAGCAGGCACAGCAUGCUAUCGCGACAGAGGACCAGCAGCAUAAGCAGGAACUCCACAAGCUCAUGGCACGGUGUUUCCUGAAGCUGGGUGAGUGGCAGCUGAACCUGCAAGGCAUCAAUGAGAGUACCAUCCCCAAAGUCUUGCAGUACUACAGUGCUGCAACAGAGCAUGAUCGCAACUGGUACAAGGCCUGGCAUGCCUGGGCAGUGAUGAACUUUGAAGCAGUGCUUCACUACAAACAUCAAAACCAGGCCAGAGAUGAGAAGAAGAAACUGCGUCAUGCCAGUGGAGCCAGCAUCACCAGUGCCAACACCGAGGGCAGCAAUAGUGAGAGUGAUGCAGAGAGCACAGAGAACAGUCCCAUCCCAUCGCCAGUGCAGAAAAAAGUCACGGAGGAUUUAUCCAAGACCCUCUUGAUGUAUACGGUCCCUGCUGUCCAAGGUUUCUUUCGAUCCAUAUCUUUGUCUCGAGGAAACAACCUACAAGACACUCUAAGAGUCCUUACUCUGUGGUUUGACUAUGGUCACUGGCCCGAUGUGAAUGAGGCUUUGGUAGAAGGAGUCAAGGCAAUCCAAAUAGACACUUGGCUGCAGGUUAUCCCUCAGCUCAUUGCAAGAAUUGACACCCCUCGACCGUUAGUAGGACGUCUCAUUCAUCAGCUCCUCACAGAUAUUGGACGGUACCAUCCCCAGGCUUUGAUCUAUCCUUUGACUGUGGCCUCGAAAUCUACAACCACUGCUCGCCACAACGCUGCAAAUAAGAUCUUGAAAAACAUGUGUGAGCAUAGUAACACUCUGGUGCAGCAGGCAAUGAUGGUGAGCGAAGAGCUAAUCCGUGUAGCCAUCCUAUGGCAUGAGAUGUGGCAUGAAGGGUUGGAAGAAGCAUCUCGUCUCUACUUUGGAGAGAGGAACGUCAAGGGGAUGUUUGAGGUGCUGGAACCACUUCAUGCAAUGAUGGAGCGUGGGCCUCAAACUUUAAAAGAGACAUCCUUCAAUCAGGCCUAUGGCAGAGAUCUAAUGGAAGCUCAGGAAUGGUGCAGGAAGUACAUGAAAUCAGGAAAUGUCAAAGACCUGACUCAGGCUUGGGAUCUCUAUUACCACGUGUUCCGGCGUAUCUCAAAGCAGCUGCCUCAGCUCACUUCUUUGGAACUACAGUAUGUGUCACCAAAACUCUUGAUGUGCCGGGACCUGGAAUUGGCAGUGCCAGGAACAUAUGAUCCCAACCAGCCCAUCAUACGCAUUCAGUCCAUUGCACCCUCACUGCAGGUCAUCACCUCCAAGCAGCGGCCCAGGAAGUUGACAUUGAUGGGAAGCAAUGGGCAUGAGUUUGUAUUCCUUCUGAAAGGUCAUGAAGACCUUCGCCAAGAUGAAAGAGUGAUGCAGCUUUUUGGGUUGGUCAACACUCUGCUUGCAAAUGACCCAACUUCUCUUCGCAAAAACCUCAGCAUCCAGAGAUAUGCUGUUAUUCCACUGUCUACAAAUUCAGGCUUGAUUGGUUGGGUCCCCCACUGUGACACACUGCAUGCACUCAUCCGAGACUACAGGGAGAAGAAAAAGAUCCUGCUCAACAUUGAACAUCGCAUCAUGCUGAGGAUGGCUCCAGAUUAUGACCACCUGACUCUGAUGCAGAAAGUAGAAGUAUUUGAACACGCUGUCAAUAACACAGCUGGUGAUGAUCUUGCCAAACUGCUGUGGUUGAAAAGUCCAAGCUCAGAGGUGUGGUUUGAUAGAAGAACAAACUACACUCGUUCACUAGCUGUAAUGUCAAUGGUUGGAUACAUUUUGGGCCUUGGGGACAGACAUCCCUCCAAUCUGAUGUUAGACAGACUGAGUGGAAAGAUCCUGCAUAUUGACUUUGGGGACUGUUUUGAGGUUGCAAUGACAAGAGAAAAGUUUCCUGAGAAGAUUCCAUUUAGGUUAACAAGGAUGCUGACAAAUGCUAUGGAGGUGACAGGCCUCGAUGGCAAUUACAGAAUCACCUGUCACACGGUGAUGGAAGUCCUGCGUGAACAUAAGGACAGUGUCAUGGCUGUGCUUGAAGCCUUUGUGUAUGAUCCAUUAUUGAACUGGCGGCUGAUGGACACAAAUACAAAGGGCAAUAAGCGCUCACGAACAAGAACAGACUCCUACUCAGCUAGUCAGUCAGUAGAAAUGUUGGACAGUGUGGAAUUGGGUGAGACAGCCCAUAAGAAAACUGGGACCACAGUGCCUGAAUCCAUCCAUUCCUUCAUAGGAGAUGGUCUAGUGAAGCCAGAAGCUCUAAAUAAGAAGGCAAUUCAAAUCAUCAACAGGGUUCGAGAUAAGCUCACUGGUCGAGACUUCUCUCAUGACGAAACUCUUGAUGUACCCACACAAGUAGAAUUGCUCAUCAAGCAAGCUACUUCUCAUGAGAACCUGUGCCAGUGCUACAUUGGAUGGUGUCCUUUCUGGUAACAGAAGAUUCUGAAGUAUCCUCAGCCUUUUAUUCUGGAGGCUUUUGCACUCCAAACUUGCUCUUCUACAAACACAAACUGAACGUUGGACUGAUACACAGCCUUUGUCAAAUAUUUUGAAAUGUAAAUGAAAAGAGUUAUUGUAUAUUAAAAGUUGGUUUAAGCCAAUGUAUAGCUGCUGUUGGAAAAACACAAGCUGUCUGAAACACAACACUUGAUUUGGGUUUCCAGGACAGUGAAGACUGAUUGUACCACAGAUGUCUAUGGUUCCACUUGGUCUUUGGGGAACUGGUGAUCCAUUGAAAAUUUCUGUAUACGGGUUUUGACUUACUUUGCAAUGUAACUAAGUCAUUUGCAGAUUAAUUAUUGCCCUGGUCAGUCCUGUUGGUGUGGCUGCAGUGAGCUCAAUGCACUUGUGCCAGAGGCUUCCUUUAGGUUUGGGGGUGAGCUGGAUAACUGGAAAGAAAUAGGAGAGAAGGAGGAUUUUACCAUUGUUUCAUCCUGUUACCUUGUUUUCAAACCGAUUCUUGC